AUGUCGCCGACGCUUAACCUAGCGACUAGCGAGGUGCCGAAAGAUUGCGACGAGAAGAAGCCGUCCUGCAGCAAUUGCGACAGAAACCUCGAACGUUGUAGCCUCACCUUCAUCUAUUCCAGUCGUCAAGCUGCGGCGGCCCGCCCCACACCGAUCUCCAGAACCAGCCAUGGUGCCGCCAUCAGCCCGCUCUCUUCAUAUGGGAGCGACGCGGCUGGGUCCUCCGAUGUCGUUACGCAGGGUCACUUCCUCCCGCAGUUCUCCGUUCGCGACAUGGAGCUUCUCUUCCACUUCACCAGCUCCACCUCCAAGACCCUCUCCCUGAGACGGCCGAUGCAGAAGAUCUACGGGACAGUGUUUCCGCGCCUGGCGUUCUCCAACCCGUUCCUCCUUCGUGCCAUCCUCGCCGUGUCGGCGCUACAUAUGGCACGAAAAGCUCCGCCGGAGAAAGCGGAGGAGCUGCUCCGGAUAGCAAGCGAGCACCAGAAUAUAGGACUGGCGAGCUACCGCGUCGCCAUCGGUGACAUCAAUCAACACAGUUGCGACGCCCUGUUUGCAUUCGCUCUACUGCUGUUCGUCCAUGUCUGCGCGGCUUCAGACCUCCCCGACUCCGGCCAGGAGGACAUUCCAGAAUCCCACCCGAAUAGCGCCGGCGGAAGCGUCGUCGGGACGCCUCCCACUUCUGCGUCCGGCACGACCGAUCAACCUCUUGGCGUCGAGUGGAUUCGGAUGGCUCGUGGUGUACGAGUGCUGUUGGAGCCCGGAAAGCAGUGGCUAAUGCGCGGCCAACUCUCCAUGUUUUUCAACAUGCACCAGUGGAAGGACGAGAUGUCCGACAUCGACGACGAGAUGCGCGACGACGACGAACACUUGAAGUCCCUGGCCAAGCUCUGGGACUCGUUCGCGGAGGACCCGGAUCGGGAGGAGGACGUAAGAGCAUUGAAUGAUGCCAUUUUCCAGCUCCGGUUGGCACACCAACGAAUUUGGAUCGCGUUGCGAGCCGUUCCGCCUGACGCCUCCAUCUCUCGUAUAAAGGGGGAAGAUGCAGCGUCCGCGGAAGCAGCAGGCUUUACGUGGCUGUACAUGCUUCCUGAGCGCUACGUGGCGCUCAUAGAAGAGAAAUGCCCUGAAUCUCUCAUCAUAUUAGCACAUUUUGCCGUUCUACUAGGGAAGAUCCCUCAUCUGUGGUGGUCGGAGCGGAGGUCUACAGCUUUGGCUCUAAAAGUUAAGAUUAUUAUGGAGCCCAGAUGGUGGCCAUGGUUGGAGUGGCCCAUGUCGAGGCUGAGCUUAUAA